CAAGCACUCUGGCAACACCGCACCUAGGCGUGCCUUCAGAGGUUUCUGGCAACGCCACUUGAAUGGCGUCGCGUCUUUUUUGUAGUUCAAAAUUUUGUAAAAUCUUAGCGAAGUAAAUUAAUUCUAAUUUAGUAGUGUAGCGGUUAGAAUCUUUUAGUCAAGUUUUUACUGCAAAUAUGUCGAAGCACCAGAACAACGACACUCUCGAGCUGGACGACAUACUCAGCCAGCCGGUGAAGGACAAGGAGCGCUUUGCCGCCUUUAUGAUGCGCAAGCUUGCCGAGAAUAAGCCGGCCCAGAAUGACAACCUCUUUGGAAACUUCAAACUUGACUUUGACCUUAAUUUCGAUGUUCCACUGAUCAAGAAGUCUCAGCCCAAGACUCAGUCCAAUGUACCAGAAAUAAAGCCCCUGGGGGAAUUGGGCAGUGCACCUAAUACCGCCACCGAGAAAUUCAAUGAGCCGCCUGUGGACCAGGCAUCCAAUGAGAAUGUCCCUCCGCUUCGCUCGCCCACUUUUUCGCCAAAUCAUCGACGUUCCUUGCGCCGCAGUGGAAAUGUACCGGGAUCUGAUCAACUACGCCGACAUGCCAUACGCCGGCGGUCCAGAAGCUGUGGACGCCAACUGCUUCCAGAGUUCGAGGAUGCCGUAAACUUGACCCGCAACAUGUCAAGUCCUGUAAACUUCUUGCCAGAAAUAAGCAGCACACCUUGCACAGAGAAACCAAAAGAGGAAGUUAAUAAAAAAAUUAAAAAUAAAGCAAAAGAAGAAACUGACAAACCAGCGGAGAAUCCAAAGGAACUAUCAGAAGAACGAGAGCCGGAAAAUCCGCUGCAGACAACGGUGAAGUCACCUGCCAGGAACCCCGUUCUUGUUGCUGAAAUUGAACAAAUCUGCAGAGAGCGACAGAGUUCCUUUAAGAAGAAUGUACUGCAGCUUGAAUAUUCUGGACGGGCACCGAACUCGAGUCCCACUUCUCCGUCAACACCAUCCGUUGCGGGCCUACGACGUACCUACACAAUGGAAAAGGGCCCUGCUCCAGGCCAGCUGCUUCUUUCGCCAUCACAUCCCUCUACACCCAGCAAACUAAAGAUAAUGCGGUUUAAUAAGGAGAUAGUGGUUCCGGAAACGCCACAGCUGCAAAGCCAUGAGCCUGCCUGGCAAUCACAGCCAGAACCGGAACUCGUAGUGCCGGAAACCCAGCCGCAGGAUCUGGGAGAGUUGGUGCAGACCCUAUCGCAGAACGCCAGCAGCCCAAUUGUGGUGAUAAACACAUCCAAUUCGAAUCGUAGUGUAAGGAGAGACUCUAUACCGAUGAAAUCUGUUCCGACAGCGCCAGUUACGGCGUCAUCUUCAUCACCGAUUGCGUCUUCUCCUAGGCAACCAGCCGCUGCCUCUACCCAGAAAUCCAUUGCACAACCUCCGCAGGUCGUAGAAAAUAUGCAUGCCAUAAUGACAGACGACGAAAGCGACGAACACCCCAGCACACUGCCAUUAAAUCUAGCUCCUUCGGGUGGGAACACAACCCGCCAGCGGCGCUUGCGCAGUAACAAUCGGACUCGAGCUACUAUCGAGUCACAGGAGAGUUCUAUGCGCUUGCUUAACCUUCAUCGGUCGGUAAAUGCCAAAAAGUCUAAGGCGCGAAAGACUGCUAUACCGCUGAAUAAGGCCCCAAGUGAACCUAUUAAUGGCGAGCAGUUCGCCAACGAGCUGGCCCGCAUGAGCAACUACGAGAUUUUGGAUUUGCGCAAGCGCAACUCGUUGAACGAGAUAUAUCCUUUAAAUGGGCACAGGGACCGUCGUUCAGAGAAGCUGAUUCUAGACGAAGAGAUUAAGAGGGAGCUUCUUCGUAGAAAUCUGAUGGAUGAGGCCGAAGGGUUGCCAAAACAUCGGUCCUCUGAUGAUUCAGAUGAGGAGUAUUUACCACUCCCGCAAAAAACACGAAAUAAAUGCAGUGAUCGAUCGCAGGGACGAAGACGACCACGAAGUAGUCGACGUGAACCUCCAAUGACAACCGAACUGAUAAACUAUUUGGGCCUCUCCCAGACUUUAAAAACUCGACUCAGAUCAUCAGAGGGCGGAAAGCGUAGUCUUUACACAAAGGGGGACUCGGAUGAUUCAUUAUCGACGGUAAAACUAGCAAGACUAAGCAAGGGCAUCCAAAUUGUUCCGCCACCUCCUGCUUAUCUGCGCUAUUCGCAAUCUUUGGAUAAUCUGCGUUGCUCCGGAAAACUUGAUUUCGAUAACGUUGUGAUGGCAGCCCCACCAGAUUUCCAUGAUAGUCUAAGUACUGACACCAUCGAAAUUGCUCCUCCGCCACCAGAGCACGUUGUAAAUACACGGGACAGAAGCACAAAUGGCAAUAACAAUUACCUUCUUUCACCUCCACCGGAGUACGAAGGGGGCAAGGAACACGAUGAGCGACCCAGCAGGUCGCGUUGCAGAGCCAAACAACUUCAACAAUCCACUCCGAAUAGACGAAAGGCGAUGGAGAACGAACUGGUACCACCUCCUAUCGAAUAUGUUGAAGAAGAGGAGCGAAAUGAUGAGCGACCAAGGACGUCAAAGAAAAAUAGCAAUCCUGGUGACGCAGUGAAACAUUGUGAGUCCCCAGAGCAUGACGACCCUGAGCAACCAAGCAUAAUGAGUCGAAAAAAAUUGAAACACUCCAAAAAGAGUGCACAAAAGUUCAAUAAUGAAAAAAGUAUUGCAACUUCGGGCGAAAAUAACGAAGAUUAUGACAGCGUUAAGGAACCUAUUUACAAUGAAGCAUGCGGAAAAGGGUCGAAUAAAAAUAAAUCUCAAAAUAAAAAUGAUACUAAAAGAAAGAUCGAUAAGGAUGCAAUGGCAUCACAUACAUUUGAAUGUAUUGAAGAAAACUAUACAGAUUUAGAGUUGUCAUCCAACAAACAGAACCGUAAUCACCAGAACGCAUCAAAAAGCAAAGGAAAUGAUCAGUUAACCGAUCGUUCAUCCAAGUCCCAGGACCUCUCGAAUUUCAGCCAGAGUGCAGUUGAGAAAGAAAAAUCCGUACCUAAAAGCAAUCAAAGGGAAGAAAUUUUUGAGAAAUCAGAUGUUAUGGAAUCCCUUCGUGUAAACACACCCACACCGCCGAUUAAUACAACGUCAGGUGAUGUUUCCAGCAAAAAUUCAUCAUACCUUUUGUCCGACGAUGUAGCUAGCACAAGUAGAUCGGCGUUGGAGGUUUUGCAGCGUAGCCAAAGCAGGCCAAAGAGUCGGUCCAAGGAUGCACCAAGCACAGAUGUAGUGUUCAAGAAACCAUUGGCCCCAGCACCACGAGCGAAAUCGAAAAAUUUUAAGUCUGAGGUAGAAAAACUAAGGCUGUCCAAAAUUCCGGUGGAAUCAGAGGAACUAAAUACAACUGGUAUUCGGCGAUCGAAGCGAGGUCAAGUUCCACUCCAGAUGAGUUGGUGUCACUCCAUGGAUCCUAGCAAGUUUGACUUUAUGCGUGGCUUCACAAAGCCUCCUAACAAAAUAACAAAGACGAAAAAAGAAAAUCUGAGUAAGACUAAGAAAGCUAGUGCCAAAAAGCCAAUGUCUACUGUUCAAAAGAACUUGCCAAACGACAGGGGACCCCUGUGCAGCAGUACCCCACGAAUUUCUGAAAAGCUGGCUGAGGGAACACCUUAUUCAGAAUCCCUUGGCCUAAGUAUCUUGCCGUGGGAAGAAACUGCACUUGCAGCAGAGACUGAGAAGGUGCCCAAGAAAAGGGGACGACCACAGAAGGGAGUUGGAGUUGUACAAACUGAUACGGAGCCGGAGCCUGAUCCUGAACCACAGCCAAUGGUAUCUUCGGUUGCUCCACUUCCAAGUGAUCAGAAAGAGCCCGACGUUUCUUGCGAGCAGGCGCCCUGUGCGGGUGCUGAACCAGAACCUGUGGUAUUUUCAACUCCUCUGAGGGACGAGCAGGAGGCAGCCUCGACUCAACUGAUGCAUUGGCUGCGAGGCGUCGGCGAUGCACCACCCAGUGCAAGUAUGUUGGAUAAAAACGAAACAGUCUCUCUUGCAAACGAAUUGAUCUUCUGCCAGGUAGAUGGCAUUGACUACGCUUUCUACAAUACAAAGGAGAAAGCAAUGCUGGGUUAUAUGCGCUUCAAACCCCACCAGAAGCGUAACAUGAAACGAGCCAGAGUCCAUUCUCUUAAACUCCUUGUCCAAUAUGGCGAAUUUAAUGUGCACACCAUAGUCCGCGACGAUGAAGAACUCAAUGCGGUUCUACGUGUUGGUGACAUGAUCGAGAUAGAUACGGGCACUAGGUAUAGUAUUCAAAACGCGAUAGAUAAAGUCAGUGUGCUGAUGUGUAUACGCACUUAAUAAUUGAUUUUUAAUUUCUAU